UCAGCGCUGCGGUCCUCCUCGGCUCCAUGUUGUUGACAGAGGAAGAGCGGAGACAAAGCGGGCUUUGCGCUGUUUGAGAGGCCGGUACCGGGCGGUGCGCAGUGGUCGUGCGGGUUUUAUCGGUCUGGAUAUCGGCAGCACCGAGGCGGACCGAGACCCGUUAUCCGCCAUCAUCUGGACGCUUUGGGACGAGACGUGUCCGCGGCGACGCGCAUGGAGUGCUGUCCUCGGGGUGAAGAUGAGGAGGGGGUCGUUGCCAUGGGGAUCCCUAGCGCUCCUGUAUACUGCAUCUGCAGGAGACCCGACAUCAACUGUUUUAUGAUCGGCUGCGAGCGCUGUAAUGAAUGGUUCCACGGAGGAUGUGUCGGCGUCUCUGAGAAAACCGCCAAGAGCAUCACCGAGUGGUUCUGCCAGAGCUGCAGAGCCCAGGCUAGCCCCGGUGCUGUCUGUGAUGCAGCUAGCGACGGUCGGCUGGAGAUCAAGUUCCGGCCCAAGAAGCUGCGGGAGGAUCCGGAACAUGGCUCCUCCUCCAGGGUGGACAGGAGGCGGGGCUCACAGGUGAAGCGCUCGGCCCGGAUGUGCGGUGAGUGCGAGGCGUGCCUGCGGACGGAGGACUGCUCGCUCUGUGACUUCUGCAAAGACAUGAAGAAGUUCGGCGGCCCGAACCGCAUCCGGCAGAAGUGCCGCCUCCGGCAGUGUGAGGUCCGGGCGAGGAAGAUGCUGCGUGUGAAGGAUGAAGAGGCUGGGGGCGGGGGCCGGGGGCGGGGCCUCCAGCGGAAGGGGGUGGGGCAUCUGUCAGAAGACGACGAUGGAUUCAGCGAGAGCGAAUUGGAGCUCUACCAGCAGUACCAGGCGGCUGGCUACAACCACCUGGUGUGGCAGACUGAGGAAGAGGAAGGAGAUUCCGACCCUGCCGUGAGGAAGAGGAAGACGGCUGUCAGAGUGAAACACGUCAAGAGGAAAGAGAGGAAGACAGAGAAGAAGAAGUCUCUAUCUGAGUUCAAACCUCGCCGCCACAAACCCAAGCAGCGUCACCGUGAACGUGUCCGUCUCAGCGAGAGAGGAGGAGAGCGAGGAGAGCGAGGAGGAGAGCGAGGAGGAGAGAGAGGAGGAGAGCGAGGAGGCGAUGGGCCUCAACAGGAGGUGCCUGGUGGGGCCCACCAGUGCCUGGGCCCCGGCUGCGUUGAAUCAGCCAGAAGUGGAUCCAAGUACUGCUCAGAGGACUGUGGCAUGAAGCUGGCAGCCAAUCGUAUCUAUGAGAUCCUGCCCCAGCGGAUCCAGCAGUGGCAGCAGGGUCCGUGUGUGGCCGAGGAGCGCGGCAGGAAGCAGCUGGAGCGAAUCAGGAAAGAGCAGCAGCAGGCCAGGCUCCGCCUCUCCCAGAUGGAGAGACGCUUCCUGGAGCUGGAGGACAUCAUCUCCACGGCCAAGAGACAGCUGGUGCAGCAGGACGAGGAGGUUGCCGAGGGCGAUGGGGACGACACAGACCUCCAGAUCUUCUGUGUGUCCUGCAGUCAUCCCGUCCAUCCCAAGGUGGCGCUGAGACACAUGGAGCGAUGCUACGCUAAGUAUGAGAGCCAGACAUCGUUCGGUUCCAUGUAUCCGACACGUAUUGAAGGGGCCACCCGGCUGUUCUGUGACGUCUACAACCCCCACAGUAAGACGUACUGUAAGAGGCUGCAGGUCCUGUGUCCCGAGCACUCCCGGGACCCCAAGGUGUCGGUGGACGAGGUGUGCGGCUGCCCGCUGGUGAAGGACGUCUUCCAGCCCACCGGAGAGUUCUGCCGCGUCUCCAAGAGGAAGUGCAACAAACAUUACUGCUGGGAGAAGCUCCGCAGAGCCGAGAUGGACCUGGAGAGAGUCAGAGUGUGGUAUAAGCUGGACGAGCUGUUUGAGCAGGAGAGGAACCUCAGGACGGCGAUGACCAACCGAGCCGGCCUGCUGGCUCUGAUGCUGCACCAGACCAUCCAACACGACCCCGUCACCACAGACCUCCGGUCGGUGAGGGACAGAUAGACCUACAGAUAGACCUGGGCUCCACUAGGGACCACUAGAGACAGAUAGACCUACAGAUAGACCUGGGCUCCACUAGGGACCACUAGAGACAGAUAGACCUACAGAUAGACCUAGGGUCCACUAGAGACCACGCGAGACAGAUAGACCUACGUUCCACUAGAAUCCACUAGAGACCACUAGAAUCCACUAGAAUCCAUUAGAGACAACUAGAGAUCACUAGAUACAGAUAGACCUUUGUUCCGCGUGUGUAUGUGUGUGUGUGUGUGUAUUUGUGUAUGUAUGUGUGUAUCUAUUCCUGACUGUCUGGGUGUGUGUAUGCGUGCGUGUGUGAGUGCGUGUCACUUUACCCGAAGAGAAACUUGAGGUUCAGCUCGUCUCUCCCAAAAUGCUGUAAAUAGUUGCCAUGGAAACAGAUGUCCCGUUUCCGUAACGAUGACCACGUUGACGUCCUCUCUGUGUCACUUCUCUCUUUUAUUCCACAUGAGUCCAGCCCUGUUUCGUGGUGUGUUGUGUUUUAUACGUCAUGUUGAUUUGUUUGGUGAUAUUUCAUGUUGUGUUCCCUUAUUAAAACUACAACAUUUUAUCAAAA